AUGCUUCUGCACAAAAAUAUGUUUACUCGCAUUACAAAAGCUGAAGGCGAUGCAUAUACUGCGUUAAAGCGCCCGUUACAUCUGGAUACGGUGCAUGUUUGUAAAGCUACCGAAGUAUUACUUGGCACAUUUUCAUUUUGUAAAGUAACUUCUGUGAAAGAACAAUAUAUUUUUAGGAGAUCUACUUACAACAAAUUGUGA